UAUUUGGUGCCAGUGCAAGAAAGAAAUAUUAAUUUUAAUCUUGAAUUAUUUCUUAUAAAUUCAUUUUUUAGGACUUAAUCCAAUUUAAGAAAAUCAAUCAACAAAAUGGGCAACUUCCGACGUGAAAAAGAAGACGAGGAUGAGGGUCAAACUAACAUCUAUCAGAAUCUGGAAAAAACAUCAGUUCUUCAAGAAACGCGCACAUUCAACGAAACACCCGUCAAUCCGAGAAAAUGUAUCCAUAUUCUAACUAAAAUUUUAUAUCUAAUUAAUCAGGGUGAAGUUUUGGUGUCUCGUGAAGCUACCGAUUGCUUUUUUGCAAUGACUAAGCUAUUUCAAUCCAAGGACGUAGUCCUUCGACGUAUGGUGUAUUUGGGAAUCAAAGAGUUAAGUUCAAUUGCAGAAGAUGUCAUUAUCGUAACCAGUUCCUUGACCAAGGACAUGACUGGCAAGGAAGAUCUUUAUCGUGCCGCUGCCAUUCGCGCCUUGUGCAGCAUCACCGACAACACUAUGUUGCAAGCUGUUGAACGUUACAUGAAGCAGUGCAUUGUUGACAAGAAUGCAGCAGUGUCUUGUGCAGCUUUAGUCAGCUCCCUACGUCUUGCUGGACAGGCUGGGGAUGUGGUCAAACGUUGGGCCAACGAAGCUCAGGAGGCCCUUAACAGCGAUAACAUAAUGGUGCAAUACCAUGCUUUGGGUCUGCUUUAUCACAUCAGGAAAUCUGAUCGUUUGGCUGUUUCCAAGUUGGUCAAUAAAUUGACAAAGAACUUCCUUAAGAGUCCUUACGCUGUUUGUAUGUUGAUUCGUAUUUCAUGCAAGUUAAUUGAAGAAGAAGACUUUAGCAGUGAUGAAUUAUCCGAAUCUCCGAUGUUUACUUUUAUCGAGUCCUGUUUGCGUCAUAAAAGUGAAAUGGUCAUCUACGAAGCAGCCCAUGCCAUUGUCAAUCUUAAGAAUACAAAUGCUCGAGUUCUUUCGCCAGCUUUUAGUAUUUUACAAUUAUUCUGCUCCUCGCCAAAAGCCACAUUACGUUUUGCUGCUGUUCGCACUCUAAACAAAGUUGCAAUGACACAUCCAGCUGCUGUGACCACUUGCAACUUGGAUCUGGAAGGUUUGAUCACUGAUUCGAAUCGUUCAGUUGCCACAUUAGCUAUAACCACUUUACUUAAAACUGGAGCUGAAAGCUCAGUGGAACGUCUAAUGAAGCAAAUCUCAUCGUUUGUGGCUGAAAUCUCAGACGAAUUUAAAGUCGUUGUGGUGCAAGCAAUAUGCGCCCUUUGCACAAAAUAUCCACGCAAACAUACCGUUCUUAUGAAUUUCUUAAGUGGAAUGUUGCGUGAGGAAGGCGGUUUGGAGUACAAAACGUCUAUUGUUGAUACGAUUAUCACAAUUAUCGAAGAAAAUGCCGACGCCAAAGAAUCUGGUCUCUCACAUCUUUGUGAAUUUAUCGAAGAUUGUGAACACACCUCGUUGGCUGUACGCAUUCUCCAUCUUUUGGGCAAGGAGGGACCAUUUGCCAGUAACCCGUCGAAGUACAUUCGUUUUAUCUACAAUCGGGUUAUUCUCGAGAGUCCAAUUGUUAGGGCUGCUGCUGUGACAGCUCUUGCCCAAUUCGGGGCUUCGUGUCCGGCAUUAUUGGCCAAUAUCAUGGUUCUACUAGGUCGUUGUCAAAUGGACCCAGACGACGAGGUGCGAGAUCGUGCCACUUACUAUUAUCACAUUUUACAAUCCGACAAACAGGAUCUCUACAAAAGUUACAUCAUUGAGAGGUCAAACUGUUCGCUGCCAUUGCUUGAAAAGGCUUUGAUUAGUCACUUGCAAGGUGACUUAAACGAACAAUUUGAUAUGUCUAUUGUACCCAAAGCAACCAUCGUCAAAGAAGAAGUAUCCAACGAAACCAUGUUAAUUUCCAAUGCACCUCGAGUACCCAAAAUCACCCGCGAAGAAGAAAGUGCUGCCCGAUUGGCACAGCUUCCUGGAAUUCAAGUACUUGGCCCCAUCCACAGAACCACAGCACCGAUCCAACUUACCGAAAGUGAAACCGAAUACACUGUACAAUGUGUCAAACACAUUUUCAAAAACCACAUAGUAUUCCAAUUCGAUUGCCUUAAUACCCUAUCCGACCAGAUACUUGAAAAUGCCCGAGUUGAACUGACCAUUCCAGAAGGAUUUACCACAAGAGCUGUUAUUCCUUGCCCAAAGUUGCCAUACAAUGAACUUAAGACAACAUUUGUUAUUGUGGAAUUCCCUCAAGAUGUUGGAAGCUCAGCUGCAACAUUCGGUGCAACUCUUCGAUUUGUUGUGAAAGAUUGUGAUCCAACCACCGGUGAACCAGAUUCCGAAGAAGGUUACGAUGAUGAAUACAUGUUGGAGGACUUGGAAAUUACAGUUGCCGAUCAAAUUCAAAAAUCAAAGAAAAGUAAUUUUGCUGCUGUGUGGGAUGCAGCGAAUACCGAAGAAUGGGUUGAAGCUGAAGAUACUUAUUCUCUUUCUGCCGUCAACACCCUGCAAGAAGCUGUUAAUACAAUAUUAAAAUUCAUUGGGCUUGGAGCAGCGAAUAUGUCGGAAAAGGUCGCCGAAGGAACACAUACGCAUACACUUCUAUGUUCAGGCACAUUUAGAGGAGGUGAUGAGAUUCUUGUAAGAGCCAAAUUAGCACUGUCGGAAGGCGUAACAAUGCAACUGACAGUCAGAACGACAGAUUCAUCUCUAGCCGAGCUAGUUACAUCAGCAAUAGGAUAAAACAAUUAUUUAUUACGUUUUAUUUUAUUCUUUAUUUUCAAGAAGUCCACAUUAAAAAAACAACAAGAAAAAAAACUCAAUUUCAAGGCUUCAAUGUUAUUUUAUCUUUAUUCAAAAUAGUUUUAAAUUUUUGAAUACUAUACAAAGUAAAAUUAAAAGAAAACAAAAAAAACACACACACAUAUACAAAAUUAAAUGAGAAUAUAAAUAAAGCAUUUAAUUUAACACACGAAUGCAUCAUCAGUAAAGUUAAAUAUAACGGUUUUUCAAAUUUAUUUCCAAAAUAAAUCCUUAUUCGUUCGUUUUUAUGUUAUGUGCAUUAUAAAUAUUA